UCAGGGCAGGUGGGAGGGAUUGUACUUUCCUUUCACUUUCUCAGGACGCCAAACCUGACACCUGGGGCCAGAACUACACUUCCCACCAAGCAGCGAGGCAGGAGGAAGAAGGGGGCACUGAGGGCUGAAAAGGAAAACCAGAAGAAAGAGAAAACAUUACCUGCUGAGCAGCAGAGGUGAGAGAGCCGGACAGCUCUGUUCUAGGUGGCAAGAACCAUGCACUUCUCCGGCUCAGCAAGGGCAGCAGAUGAGAACUUUGACUAUUUGUUCAAGAUUAUCCUCAUUGGGGAUUCCAAUGUGGGGAAGACGUGUGUGGUGCAGCAUUUCAAGUCUGGAGUCUACACGGAGACACAGCAGAACACGAUUGGAGUGGACUUUACCGUGCGCUCCCUUGAUAUUGAUGGCAAGAAAGUGAAGAUGCAGGUGUGGGACACAGCUGGCCAGGAGCGCUUUCGCACCAUCACCCAAAGCUACUACCGCAGUGCCCACGCGGCCAUCAUCGCCUAUGACCUCACCCGGCGGUCCACAUUUGAGUCCGUCCCUCACUGGAUUCAUGAGAUAGAGAAAUAUGGAGCUGCAAAUUUGGUCAUUAUGCUGAUUGGAAAUAAAUGUGACCUCUGGGAAAAGCGGCACGUCCUGUUUGAAGAUGCCUGCACACUGGCUGAGAAGUAUGGCCUCCUGGCCGUUUUGGAGACAUCGGCCAAGGAAUCCAAGAACAUAGAUGAAGUCUUCGUGCUCAUGGCCAAGGAGCUGAUCGCCCGCAACAGCCUGCACCUAUAUGGGGAGAGUGCCCUGAACAGCCUCCCACUGGACUCCAGCCCCGUUCUUAUGGCCCAGGGUCCAAGUGAAAAGACCCACUGCACUUGUUGAGAUGUUUGCAAAGCCAGUCACACCCACCAAAGAGGCCACCUCUGAAACUAAAGGUAGCCAGGAUACCGUAGUGUUGCCCCAGUAGCACUUUAGACCCCAGCGUGGACUUGCCGCUCACCCCUAAUCCUCCCAGUCUGGAUGGGUCAUGCUUCUCCCU